AUGGCGCAACCAUCCUCAUCCUCGCCCUCACCCUCACUCCUUUGUCUCGACGCCGUAGAUGAUGUUUAUUUCUCUGUCGUCUCCGACGAUGAAACCGACCCUGCCCCCGUCUCCGAUCACAAGUACGCUGAAGCAUUACAGUUCCAAGAAGCGUUAAUGUCCUCUGUCAUCACUUCGUCCCAACCACGACCACCACUACCACCACCGUGUGUAGCUUCUUCGUCAGGAACCGUCGAUGAAGAGUUACUGUUCAAUGAAACCCUAGUGGACUCACUCAUCACUUCCCAAUAUGUUUCCUCUUCAACCUCACCGGAAUUACUUCGUGUAGCAUCAUCGUCGUCAAAGGCGGUUGAAGUUAACACUGUCGUGACCAAAGAACAAAAACAAGAACCGAUCAUCAUUUGCGAGAUUUGCGCCGAAGCCAAAACUGACGACGAAAUGUUCAGGAAUCAAAGAUGUUACCAUUCCUUUUGUUCCGAAUGUGUUGUUAAACAAGUGGCAACAAAAAUCCAAGAGAACAUAACGGUUGUUUCUUGCCCUGGUUUGAACUGCGAGGGUGUGUUGGAGCUUGAAACCCUAAGGCCAUUGCUUCCGAAAGAACUGAUUGAUAGGUGGGAUGAUGCAAUGUGUGAGACUCUUUUGCUUACUGUUCCUAAAUUCUAUUGCCCUUUUAAGGAUUGUUCUGCGAUGUUGCUUGAUGAGGAUGAAGAGGGAGGGGAAGGUAUUAGGGAAUCUGAAUGUCCUUUUUGUCAUAGGUUGUUUUGUGCUAGGUGUCAUGUUUCUUGGCAUCCUGGGGUUGGUUGUGAGGAGUUUCUGACACUGAAUGUGGAUGAAAGAGGAAGGGAUGAUCUUCUUGUUAGAGAGCUUGCUAAUCAGAAUAAAUGGAAGAGGUGUUCUAGAUGCAGGUUCUAUGUUGAAAAAAAGGAUGGGUGUUUGCAUAUUACAUGCAGGUGCAAACAUGAGUUUUGCUAUGCUUGCGGAGAACCAUGGACAAAUACUCAUGGUGGGUGCCAAAGAAAUUAG